AUGACAAAUUAUGAUAUCAAAUCAAAAUAUGGUGGUCUAAAAUUGCACGUCAAAGAUUGGAAAGUACCCAAUCCAAAAGCGGUUAUAUUAAUUAUACCUGGCUUCGGGGAUCAUUGUGAACGAUAUGGAUAUCUAGUGAAUUUUUUUAAUGAGCACAAUAUUGCUGUUGUUGGCAUCGAUCUACGUGGACAAGGUCGAUCAAAGGGUGAACGCGGCUAUACAGAGAAUGUUACAGCCUACUUAGAAGACGUAACAAGUGGAAUUGAAAAAGUUCAGGAGCUUUACAAAAAUGUUCCUCUUUUCAUGUAUGGUGAUGGCAUCGGUGCUGCUAUCUUAUGCCUGCACAUACAAGGACGUUCUGCUGAUAAAUUACCCUAUAAAGCUUUGAUUUUAUGUACACCGUCGAUUAUCUUCCCGAAUAAACCAAAUUUUAUUCAUUUGGCCCUUGUAAGAGCAUUUGCUUAUUUAGCACCUCAUACUCGUGCACCUGUUCUUGGAGGUGACUACGAAUACACAAAUAAUCCAGAAGCUAAAGCUGCUCGUGAGAGCGAUCGAUACUUCCAUGAUCGCUGGCCUGCACACACAGCUGCUAUUCUUUGUGAAGCCGGGCUUUAUUUUGAAGAAAAUGCCUUUCAUUUCCCAAUACCAACAUUGAUACAACAUGGGUCAAAGGCAUUCCUACCAAUGGAAAAAUUGCGCAAUUGGAUAAACAAAACAACAGGAGAUCGAGAGUUCAAAGAAUGGGAAGGUUUUUAUGCUGAGCUACAUAAUGAUAUGGGUCGAAUUGAAUUAUUCGAAUACACUUUGUCCUGGAUGGAAAAAAAACUCGAAUCGUUUAAAAACAAUCCAGCUUCCUGA